AUGGACUGGAAGACGCUCCAGGCCCUCCUGAGCGGCGUCAACAAGUACUCCACCGCCUUCGGCCGCAUCUGGCUGUCGGUGGUCUUUGUCUUCCGGGUGCUGGUGUACGUGGUGGCCGCCGAGCGGGUGUGGGGCGACGAGCAGAAGGACUUCGACUGCAACACAAAGCAGCCGGGCUGCACCAACGUUUGCUAUGACCAUUUCUUCCCCAUCUCCAACAUCCGCCUGUGGGCCCUGCAGCUCAUCUUCGUCACCUGCCCGUCCCUGCUGGUUAUCAUGCACGUGGCCUACAGGGAAGACCGGGAACGCAAACACCGGGAGAAGCACGGGGAGGCGUGCCCCAAGCUCUACUCCAACACGGGCAAGAAGCAUGGGGGGCUGUGGUGGACCUACCUGCUCAGCCUCUUCUCUAAGCUCAUCAUCGAGAUCGUCUUCUUGUACAUCCUGAACAGGCUCUGGUACGGGUUUGACCUGCCCCGCUUGGUUCAGUGUGCCUACGUGGCCCCCUGCCCCAACAUCGUUGACUGCUACAUUGCCCGCCCCUCCGAGAAGAAAGUCUUCACCUACUUCAUGGUGGGCGCCUCAGCCGUCUGCAUCGUCUUGACCGUCUGCGAGAUCGCCUACCUCAUCUUCAAGCGAGUGGUGCGGUGCGCACAGAAGGGAGAGAAGCGGAAAGCCUACCCUGCCCCUUCGGCCAGCAGGGCCUCCACCUGCCGCUGCCCCCACCGGCUGCUAGGCCCAGAGGGGGACCAAGCCGUGACCAAGUCUCCUGAGGGGCUGCGGGCCUCUGCCCCCAACCUGACUCUGAUCUGA